CUUUUACACCAACCCUAACUUCUUACAAUCAAAUCUUUCCCCCUUCUUUCCCUCUUCUCUUUCUCUCUCUAAAACAACCGUCUUCGUUUUCAUAUAUCUCUACGAAAUUUCAAGAAUUUAUGAGACUCAAUUCUCACAAUCUGAUUCGACCGUCAUCAAAUUAGGCGCAUGGGGAAGUACAUGAGGAAAGCGAAAUUGACCGGCGAUGCGGUGGCAGUUAUGGAAGUCUCUUCUUCUCUCGGCGUCCGAACGCGAGCCAAAACCCUAGCCUUACAGAAACUUCAAGCUUCGAAAACCACUGACACACCUCCGCUCGAGGACAACCAUGAGUUGUCGUAUCUCCAGCUUCGAAGCCGUAGGCUGGAAAAGCCACCGCUGCAACAAUCGACGUGCUGCAGGCAAGAAAACCCUAACCCUGGCAUGGGAACUUCGAGGUUGGUAAUUCGUUCCGGUGGUUCAGUUUCAGUUGGGUCCGGUUCAUGUAAUGAAAACCAUAGGGUUUUGCGUGAGUCCAAAAUCAAAGCAGCUGAAGAAACAGAGGCUUAUUGUGAUUUUGGUACCGAAGAAACUUCUUUUGGGGAAAAUAAUACUGAUUUCGAUGGUAGAGAGAGGAGCACUAGAGAAAGCACACCUUGUAGCUUUAUAAGGGAGUCAAAUACCAAUAAUACCCCUGGCUCUGCUACAAACCGACAUGCUUCUAACAGGGUAAUCCAGAAUUCCAUCCAGAGGAUUAUGCCUUCAGCACAGGAGAUUGAGGUGUUUUUUGCUCGACAUGCACAUGAGCAGCAGCGACGUUUUUCUGAAAAGUACAACUUUGAUAUUGUGAAUGAAAAGCCACUUGAAGGGCGUUAUGAAUGGGUGAAAGUGCAACCAUAAAUGGAAGUGGAUAUUAAUAAUAAGAAUAAUAAUAACAUUGAUAUCAUAGUUUGCAGAUAAGAAAGUAGAGGAUUAAUGGAAUGUAAAGAGCAAACAGAAGAGCUGUGUAAUCUAUAAUGAUGUCAAGAUAAUAGAGCUGAUGUAUUACACACUAACAUAUGUAGGGGUAGAAUGGG